CGGAUGUGGUAGGGUUACGUCAGCAGUCGUUCCCAACGUUACUGACGUGACUGACGUUCGUUGAACUGUCCACAUUAUUUGCACACGCCCUUUCGCUCUGGAAUAUCUUCGCAGAUGGAUGAGCAGCGACAGCAGGAUGACUGGGCCGCUAGUCGCAAGAAUAGGCUGCCGUCGUUCACCGAGGUCCUGUCCAGGAGAACAUGGCCUCCAGUCGAUCUGUUCAUGUUCUAUCUCUUUCUCCAGCGUGAGGGCUCAGAAGAUAUCCUGGACUUUUGGCUCGACGUGCAGCAGCAUGAAAACCUGUGCCGAGCAUACUUCAAGGAUGUUCGCAAGUCAGGUCGAACGAUCAAGGAAGACUGGCCUCAGUACUGGGAUUAUGCACGGAGACGUGGGUCCAUUUACGGUACCGUUGUCGGGAUGAACCCAGAUGGCGUAGGGACGAAGCGCAGUACGACGAGCACUGGCGACAUGAUAACAGAUCAGGACAAGCAGGAAUUAGCCAACCUCGAUGAAAAGUCCGGUGCUCGUUCAGCAUCACCUCGCCCCACGCCCAUGCUCUCCGACCGAACUCGCAUAAAUUCUACCUCCCCUAAUGACUUUGCCCGCUCAACGACUCCAUUCUCUCUUUCUGGCCGAACACCUACCUUGUUCAAUAUGAAACGCGCCUCGCGUGCGCCUACCGUCAUCCCCCGUUCUGCUGCCAUCACUCGCCUCGACCUCAUCGCCUCUGCAGAGCGCAUAUACUUUCGUUACCUGUCGCCUGCAGCGAAUACAGUGAAUGCCACGGAGAAUCAUGAAAUCUAUCUGCCACCUUCACUCCGAAUCCACUCUUUCCCCUUGAGUUCAACCCACGGGCCUCAGUCUCAGACAGAGCACAAUCUCAUGGCACAAAUACCCGACAUGUUCCAUUCCCAGAAAGAGUACUGUUUUCGUGCGAUGGAGCAGGAUGCCUUUCCUCGAUUCCUGCGGUCAAAGGCGUUUGGGAACCUAACGCCGGUUUCAUCGUUGGUACGAUUAAUCCUUGGGCUCAUAAUUCUAUGGAUCGGUCUCGCCGUGGCGUUUUCGCUGAUAUUCUUGGACGUGAAGCCCAAGUCGAAACGCUUCUUCCUAUUCAUACCAUUCACAUUCGCAGUUCUUUUCCUCAUUUCCCAUCAGUAUGAGCUGGAUCCCAUCCUCGUUUUCUUCGGGCAAUCCGAAACGACACCCUUUCGCACGCUGACAAUACGGGAAGCGUACGUCAAGAAGCUGCUGCUAGGGCGUGCAAUAUGGGUUUCCAUACUCGUUGCCGCAUUUGUUACCGCGUUGACGUUGCUGUUCUGGGCAGUCCCUGGACACCGGCUAUAGCGAUGGCAAUGGCAUCCAUACCCCUGCGAUGAAUCUAAUGACUUCUUCACGAUCCUAAUAUUCACCGAUUUUGUCUGUUUUUAUGUUGUUUCAGUUUUCGGUUUGCAGCUCGCGUUCAAAUACCAGGAUACCCUACCUAAGUACCUAUAUUUCCCUUGCCCCACUCUUUGUUGCAUCAUCACUCGUAUUUUCUUUCUUUAUCUUUAAUUUCUGUUCCUCAUUUAUAUGACUAUUUUUUGGCCCGGGGCUUGUUUCGAGGAGUGUGGAGGUGAUUGAUAGAGGACGCUGGGAAUGAUGUACAUUUCAUGUAACUAGAGUCUGGAUCAUGUUCUCGAGUACUUAAUCUGUCGCUAGGACAGGUUGGACUGCCAUAGCGUCGGAUUCUUGAACGUAAG